GGAGGCCGGAGGGCAGCCGUUCCGGGGAUCCCGGCGGAGGCGGAGGCGGAGGCGGAGGCGGUGGGUGAUACAGGUCCGUCCUCACGUUGCUAUUUGGUGGAGCCCGCUGCCUCUCAGACUGUUCCUCCUCCUCGGCGCCCCCUUCCCCACGGCGCUCUCCUCAGCGCCUGAUCUCGCCCCCCGAUACCCCAAACUUUGGAGCGCAGCCUCCAUUUCCCCCCUCCUCCCGCGCGCCGCUUCCUCCUUUCUCUUACGCAUCCUGCGUCCGGCUUCACCUCGAUUUCCUUCCUCAAACUCCGAUCACCAACGAGGUUCUUCUUUCCCGUACCUGCCCCACCCCCGCACCAAAAAACGAAGACCCCCGCCCCCCAAACCUCACCUCCACACAUACAGCCCACCAACACCCAGCGCGCACCAGGCCCCCAAUAAAAGCCACCGACUGAGGCAGCCGAGGGGGCGUUUUGCACCGUGUUAUGAAACAUCAGAUGCAAAGGCCACAAAUAAGUGAAUCUCGCUCAGCUUCUUAAAGACUUGACAACCAUUCAAGCAGAUUAUUAGAUACUGUUGACCAGAAAGCAAAGGGCCUUUGAAGACCAGAUCAUCAUCAGCAGCAGCAUCAUGCUAGAGAUACUUUCUAUUUGUUGGAAUCUCAAGAUACCAUUCUCGAAUAUUCAUGACUGUUGGAAACGAACUUGAGGGCAUUUUUGAAUCCAUAUUAUAUGCAAAUGUUCUACCCUUGCAAUAGCUAAACACAGUUAAAUCCUGAUAUCUUUAUAAUCGAUGUUUUUUUUAAUACUAAAUUGUUUACUUACUCCUUCUGCAUAGGUUCCUAUGUUGACUAGUUGAGACAAAUAUAAAUAUGGCCUUCUACAUUUAUAAUACAGUCCUAGCUAUUGCCCGAACAAGAUUCCCUAGCCACUUUGUUCAUCUCUUGUGCUCUUCCUGUUCCCCAUCACUUGCAUUUCUUCAAUUGCCAGAUUCCCACUUAAAUAGAACAUUUAAGAAGAACUUUGGAAGAAAGAAGUGCUCCUGUCCUAGUCAGUCAGGCAGUAAAGUACUUCACUUACAAACUAGAAUACAAAAGCUGCACACAUCAACAUGCUGGCUUCAAGAGGGCCCUUGUAAACCUCCACCGAGACAAACCACAGAAAAGCCACAAGUGACAAGCCCUCAGCCCACGCAAGAAACUGGCACGAAGAUUAAGGAGGGAAAGCGAUCUUUUAGACAAAAAAUCCUGGAUGAACUUAAAUAUUAUUACAAUGGAUUUUACUUGCUUUGGAUUGACACUAAAGUUGCUGCCAGAAUGGUUUGGAGGCUGUUACAUGGACAGAUGCUGACCAGACGAGAGAGACGAAGGCUGCUGAGAACUUGUGCUGAUCUCUUCCGCCUGGUUCCAUUUGUGGUGUUCGUAAUUGUGCCCUUCAUGGAAUUCUUAUUACCGUUGUUUCUGAAGCUUUUCCCAGAAAUGUUGCCAUCGACUUUCGAAAGUGAGUCCAAAAAGGAAGAAAAACAGAAAAAGAAAAUGGCUGCAAAGUUGGAACUAGCAAAAUUUUUACAAGAAACAGUUACAGAAAUGGCAAGGAGGAACAGAGCCAAUUUGGGAGAUGCUUCUACACAGUUCUCAUCCUAUAUAAAACAGGUCCAGACAGGCCACCAGCCCAGCACAAAGGAGAUACUUCGCUUUUCCAAACUAUUUGAGGGUGAGCUGACCCUGGAGCACUUGGAUCGACCUCAGCUGCUUGCCCUUUGUAAACUGCUAGAACUACAGGCCUUUGGAACCAACAAUUUGCUGCGCUUUCAGCUCCUGAUGAAACUGAAGUCUAUAAAAGCAGAUGAUGAAAUAAUUGCCAAAGAAGGGGUAAGUGCUUUGAGUGUGUCUGAACUACAAGCGGCCUGUAGGGCCCGAGGGAUGAGAUCACUGGGUCUCACUGAGAACCAACUACGGCAACAGCUCACAGAGUGGCAAGACCUGCACCUGAAGGAGAAUGUCCCUCCUUCUCUUUUGCUCCUGUCGCGCACCUUCUACCUGAUUGAUGUGAAACCAAAGCCAGUUGAGAUACCCCUAAGUGGGGAGGCUCCAAAGACCAAUGUUCCUGUAGAAUCACCUGUUUCUCCUGAAUCAAGAGAGAAUGUGGUGGAUUUUGCACCUCAACCAAAGGGAACUAAGGAUGAAGAAUUUAUACAGCGGCCUCCAGUUACACCAUCACCACCUACUACACCAUCAGCACCUGCUUCAUUACCUAAAGGAUCUCUCACUUCUUCUGAAGAAGCUACACUCCAGGCCAAAUCGCAAAAGACAUCCCAGAACAGCAAGGCUAGUUCAAAAGGAGCCUAAGGACCGGGUGAGGAUGACACAGCUCUCUCCAGCUUCCUGCCCUUUGCCGUGGCAUCCGUAAAGGCCCUCCCCACUAAGACUGUCUGAAUCUGGUUUGAGAUAGAGGCCCAGCCAGUCAGUCCAUGGAGCAAGCCUCCAGAUGACAUCAGCAGUGAGAACAAGCACAGACCAUUUAAAGAAAUACAACUCAAAGUCCAUUUCCUCCAUACCAUCAUGCCAUCCCACUAAACUCUAGAUUCUGAACACGAAAAGCCCCCUCUUACUCCCAUGUUGUUUUGAACAGCCUCCUAUUUGUGCACAUGUCCUUUAAAGGGAAGACAUUUUUUGCAUAACGGAAUCAGCUUGGUGCCUUUGAUACCUCUGCCUCCUAAGGCUUGGAAUCCCGAGCAAGAACUUGGAAACACCAAAAACCAUUGUAAGAACACCUGCCCGACUUUUUCAGAAUGACCCAUCAGAAGGAACAACUGUGCCCUGGAAACCAAGUCCCUGAUGAGGUGAGAUGGAUACACUCUCAAAUAAAAUCUUUCUAGGUAUAAAAGGAAAGCUUUUUGGAAAAGAACAUAAGGAGUUAAAUAGCAGUCGAAAGGUUUGGCUGUUGCUCAGCUGUUUCGAGACCCCAGCCCCCCACCCCCAUCCCUUGGGCCUGCAGGGGCUGUGGGAAGCUGGGAGGCUGCCACUAUAUUCUAGCACAUAUGGCUUUCAUUAGCCACCAUUUUGCUAGGAAACCUAAUUAAGGGUUGAAGGCUUAACCAUUUGUUGUGCUGCGUGUUUUUCUGGUCUGUUUGUCUUUUACAAAUAGACUAUUUUGUUAGUCAUAAGGGUUGUUAAAGUCUGAUAUAAUCCCUGUGUUACUCAGUAAUAAGUAUUAUGUUCAGAUAUUUAUGUUCAUCUUCAGUAUUGUGGAUACUGAAAAAAACUUAAAAUUGCCAUCAACUAACUCACAGCUUUCUUCUCUUGGGGAGAGGUUAGAAGGGAAAAAGUAUUCUUGUGGGUGAUAAAAUCAGAUUUGAAAGCAGUUAGAUGGGAGGCAGUGAAACCAAGUAAAAUUCGGAUCUGUCUUGUCGGGGAUGUCACACGAGGAAUGUUCCCAGCCCUUCACAGCAAGAACAUGAAGCAUUUAAAAAUGCUUCCCGAACCUCUUCUCCAUCGGAGGACAAGCCCUGCCAUGUCCUGCUGGUGAACUCCAGUCCUUCGGGAAUGAUGGAGCCCUACUGUGCAAAUGCGGCCUUCCAUGGAGUCUUGCCACAAUCCUAGCAAGGUGAUUCACAAUAAAUGUUCCCAUUCCUACAGUGA